AAAAAGACUUCUUUGUCCACUCGGUAAAGCUUCUCUGCUCCAUCUGUUAUCAGACUUCCGAACGAAAUCACGGUGACUAAAGCAGGAUACUACAAUCAACGUCUCCGGAAUGAGUGCAGGGGGAGCAUUUGGAGGAAAUAGAGGACUGAGACCGGUUCCACCAGAGAAAGGAGUUUUCCCUUUGGAUCACAUGCAUUUAUGUGACGUGGAGAAGAAGGAAUACCUCAAUUGUCUUAAAUCCGCUGGGCAUAAAUCUGAGCAGUGUAGACACCUCUCCAGAAAGUACCUGGAGUGCCGUAUGGAGAAGAAUUUGAUGGCAAAACAAGACAUGUCUGAACUUGGCUUUGGCAAGAAUUUUGACGCCGAAACUAAAUUAGAGGAGAAGGUAGAAGGGACGAUAGAGAAAUGACGAAUCAGUUACUUUCCAUGGAUUUUUGUUGAGUGUGGCUGUAAAAGUUUCCAUGCCUGCUUACCAUACUUGCAUGACCCACAAUUUCUGUAACCUAUAAGAGGAAAGGCACAUUUUGCUUUCACACCCUUUUCUAACCUAUUUAUUUCUUUGUUCCCCUGGAUCUCUCUGUAAGCUGAACGAAAAUAUUUGUAGCGAGAGCGGAAGAGAAACAAGCAAGGAAUCGAGGAAAUGCUAUUUUAACUGGAUAUUGUCUGCACAUGGGCAAAGAUCACUUUUGCCCGCUGCAGAAAUUAUUUACAGCAGAUAGACGCCGAAAAUUAUUUUAAGAGCGGGUAUACAAUGUCAUUUUCCAUUC